AUGGCGCCGGUAUUGAUCUCGAAGGGGCCUUUUUUUUCUAUGAUCUUUUCCUUCUCUGUGCUUCUAAUUACAUGCCCUUCCAAGGGAUUCUAUCUCCCUGGGAGUUAUAUCCACACCUACUCUGAAGGUGAACCUAUCUCAGUCAAAGUGAAUUCACUCACCUCUAUCGAGACGGAGCUGCCAUUUGGCUACUAUAGUCUUCCCUAUUGCCAAACCAAAGAUGGGAACAAGAAGAGUGCAGAGAAUGUGGGAGAGCUGCUCAUGGGAGAUCAGAUCGACAAUUCUCCAUACAAGUUCCAUGUGAAUGCCGAUGAAUCACGUUAUCUUUGCACGACAAAGCCAUUAACUGAGCUUGAGGUGAAGCUGUUGAAGCAAAGAUCUCGCGAUCUCUAUCAGGUCAACAUGAUUCUCGACAACCUGCCGGUAAUGAGGUACACUCAGCAAAAUAGUGUCACCAUUCAGUGGACUGGUUUUUUGGUUGGAUACACCCCCAUUGGAAGCAAUGAUGACUAUAUAAUCAAUCACCUCAAGUUUAAGGUCUUGGUCCAUGAGUAUGAAGGGAGUAGGGUAGAAAUCAUUGGCACGGGGGAAGAGGGGAUGGGGGUGAUCUCAGAGACUGAUAAGAAGAAGAUGUCUGGUUAUGAGAUAGUUGGGUUCGAAGUAACUCCAUGCAGUGUGAAGCGUGACCCAGAAACUAUGUCGAAGCAUAACAUGUAUGACACAAUUGAACGUGUGAAUUGCCCCCUGGAGCUUGACAAGUGUCAGAUGAUCAAGCAGCAGGAGAGGAUCACAUUCACCUAUGAAGUUGAGUUUGUGAAGAGCGACAUUAGAUGGCCCUCACGGUGGGAUGCCUAUUUGAAGAUGGAUGGUGCCAAGGUCCAUUGGUUCUCAAUCAUGAACUCCCUUAUGGUAAUCUUCUUUUUGGCUGGAAUAGUGUUUGUUAUUUUCUUGAGAACUAUUCGAAGGGACUUGACGAGGUACGAGGAAUUGGAUAAAGAGGCCCAGGCUCAGAUGAAUGAGGAGCUUUCAGGCUGGAAACUUGUUGUGGGUGAUGUAUUUAGGGAGCCAACUUGCUCUAAACUGCUUUGUGUCAUGGUUGGAGAUGGUGUUCAGAUUACAUGUAUGGCAGUCGUGACAAUUGUUUUUGCUGCCCUGGGGUUCAUGUCUCCUGCAUCACGGGGCAUGCUCUUGACAGGGAUGAUACUCCUUUAUCUCUUCCUCGAUAUUUUUGCUGGGUAUGUUGGUGUCCGGCUAUGGAGUACCAUCAAAGGUGGGUCUAAAGGUUGGAGAUCAGUUUCUUGGUCAAUUGCCUGCUUCUUUACUGGGAUUGUGUUUAUGGUUCUCACCUUCUUAAACUUCUUGCUCUGGUGGAACAAGAGCACAGGGGCUCUCCCAAUCUCAUUGUACUUCACUCUUCUAUCUCUGUGGUUUUGCAUCUCAGUGCCACUCACUCUUUUAGGGGGUUUCUUAGGUACCCGGGCUGAAGCCAUACAAUUCCCAGUCAGGACCAACCAAAUUCCAAGGGAAAUUCCAGCAAGGAAAUACCCUUCAUGGUUGCUUGUCCUUGGUGCUGGAACCCUUCCUUUUGGGACGCUCUUCAUUGAGUUAUUCUUUAUCCUCUCCAGCAUCUGGCUUGGGAGGUUCUAUUAUGCGUUUGGAUUUCUACUCAUCGUCCUCCUAUUGCUUGUUAUUAUCUGUGCUGAAGUGUCUGUGGUUCUGACAUGCAUGCAUCUCUGUGUGGAAGACUGGAGGUGGUGGUGGAAAGCAUUCUUUGCUUCUGGUUCGGUUGCUCUUUAUGUGUUCCUAUACUCCAUCAACUACUUGGUGUUUGAUCUUAAGAGCUUAAGUGGGCCUGUGUCAGCUAUGCUCUACUUGGGGUAUUCGCUUAUCAUGGCUGUUGCUAUCAUGCUAUCUACUGGCACCAUUGGCUUCCUGAUGUCGUUCUACUUUGUUCACUACCUCUUCUCAUCCAUGAAGAUUGACUAG